AUGGAACAACCACUUCAACGCUUCAACGGAAUGUCUCCGACGGAACAACCAGACAACCACCGCCGCCACAAAAAGACUCCACCCUCCGCCGCAGCAACAACCAAAACCGGAAGCACGAUACGAUACCGCGGUGUCCGACGCCGACCAUGGGGCCGUUACGCAGCCGAAAUAAGAGACCCACACUCCAAAGAACGCCGCUGGCUUGGUACCUUCGAUACAGCGGAACAAGCCGCGUGCGCCUACGACUGCGCCGCCAUUUCCAUGCGCGGUUCUAAAGCUAGAACCAAUUUCUUUAACCCCGAAACCGAAACCACCGAACAACAACAUCAUUAUCAACAUCAUCAUCAACAGCAACAACAGCAACAGCAACAUUGUCUUUUUCAUUCUUUCAAUAUUCCUAAACAGCAACAUUCUCAACACCGCCAAGUCAACAAAUUCAACGGUGGUGAUUAUCUCAACACUUCUUCUUUUGUUCCUUCUCUUGUUCAACACUUUCCAAACAAAACCAGUGACACUAUUUCUUCUUCUUCAGCUUCAUCUUCUAUUGUUGAUGUUAAUGUUACUGAGGACAUUAUCGACGAUGACUCGGAUUUUUUUCCGAGAGAAUCUUCUGGCUUGUUGGAAGAGAUUGUUCACAAGUUUAUGAAAAGUUCGAAAACAACAAAUAACGAUAAGAAGAUGAAAACCGAAACUUUUGCCUCAGUUUCUCAACCAAUAAUGUCUCAUCAUCAUAACAUGCUUUCUGAGAACGAGGGUUUUGGUUCUGUUUCUUUUGAUCAACAGCAAGGUUUUCCAAUGCAACAGUUUGAGAGUUUUGAUAAUGGUUUUAACUUUAACAACAACGUGGCUAUGUGUGUUGGGGAAAAUCAUCAUGUAGAAGAGUAUUCUAUCAUGGAAGAUUCUUUUUACUAUCCUGAACUUUUUCAUUCUUUUGCUACUAGGAUGCAAAAUGCUUAA